AUGUCUAGAAAAAGAGAUAAUAAAAGAAAUAUUGUCAUACCAAAUGGUUCGGGUGAAGAUGAAAUCGGCUCAUCUGAGUCUGAAGAUGAAACGAGUAAAGUUGCACACGCUUUACGAGAUGAAUUAAAUAUGAGUGAACAAUCUUCAAUAAGUGAAUGUGAAGAAAGUAAUAGCCAUGAAAGUGACAGUCAAGAAAGUGAAAAUGAAGAAAAAUUUAAGAAUAAUGGUCAAAACCCGAAAAAGAAAAAAAGAAUCCAUUGGGCAAAAAAUCAUUUUGUAAUUUCAGCAGCUGAUUUUGCUGACAAUUUGCCACCACCACCUAUCAAUGAUGAGCUAGAACCUAUUGAUUAUUUCUAUUUUAUGUUCCGCAAGCAAUCGAUGACACUAUUGACAAAUCAAUCAAAUUUAUAUUCUGUUCAAAAAGAUCCCAACAAACCGGUAUGUAUUUCUGAAACAGAAAUGGCACUUUUCAUUGGUAUACUGAUGAUGACUGGAAUAUAUUGUUUUCCAGAACAACUUUUCUUUUGGUCUAAUACUACACGUGUCGAGAUCGAUUUUUAG